ACGGGUGGCAACAUGAGCAGCGCUGAGAUCAUUGGUUCAACAAAUCUUAUAAUUCUGCUAGAGAAUGAAAUCUUUGCUGAUUUUUUCAACACAUUUCUUUCUCUUCCGGUCUUUGGUCAGACACCAUCCUAUACUGUUGAAAACUCACAGUGGAGCUUGUGGCCAGAAAUUCCUUAUGACUUGAUUUCCAAAUACAAAGGAUUGCUUACCUGGUUAGAAAAAUAUCGAUUACCUUUCUUCUGUAAAACAAAUUUGUGUUUCCAUUACAUCCUUUGUCAGGAGCUCAUCAGCUUUGCCAGGUCUCCAGAAGGAGGUGAAGAAUUGGUGGAUUUCUGGAUCCUUGCUGAGAAGAUCCUGAGCAUAGAUGAGAUGGACCUGGAAGUAAGAAACUACUACCUGUCCCUCCUUCUCGUGCUGAAGGCCACCCAUCUGCAGGAAGGCUCAAGGGUGGUAACUCUCUGCAACACGAACAUCAAGUCCCUUCUGAACCUCUCCCUCUGGCAUCCCAACCAGUCAACCACCAGGAGGGAGACGCUAAGCCACAUGCAGAAAGUGGCUCUGUUCAAGCUCCAGAGCUACUGGCUCCCCAGCUUUUACGCCCAUGCAAAGAUGGCGAUGGCCUGUGAGGAUGCGUGCCGUGCUCUGAUGCAAGAGUACGAGACUCGCCUGUGCAGCUUUUGCUACAGCCACGCGGGAAGGCUCCCUCUGAGCAUGAGCGUCCGGAAUUCUCUCCACUUUCAAAAGUGGUACUCAAGCAAGAAGGCCAAGAGGAAGAUAUGGCAACUGACAGACCACACCUCUUGGUCUCUUGACUUAGACUCCGUGCAAGAUAUCAGCACCUCACAGCAGGCAAGUCCACAGGAGAAGGUGGUUAUACAAAUGCCUCCCUCGGAAGUGGCUUCUUCAAAAGAGAGGAUAAUCAGGUUCCUGGAAAAAGAAAGUCACUGUGUCACGAAGUCUAGUGUGAAGAAGAGGUCUAGAAGCCACCUCCAAAUGGAGGGCCUCUUUGAGACAAAGUUCUCAACACACCUGAGAACUUCCACCCCCAUUAUUAAUCCGCCCUCUAAGAUGAUAAUCAAGAAGGCCGUCAAGCAAAGCUUCUCCCUGGCAUAUACCCACUGGGCCUUGUGUGCUGAUGCCUGUGCAGGGGGUCCCUUCCGGGACUACCUGAAGAAGCUGAAUUUGAAAAUGGAGACCCAGCUCUUAGACCUUUGGCAGGACCUAUACCAUUUCCUCAGUGUUCUGAUGAAUAACAGGAAGAAUGGGAAUGCAUUCUUUUGUCACCUUCUGGGUGACAGAAUCUGUGAGAUCUACUUGAAUGAGCAGAUUGGUCCAUGCUUACCUCUGAAAUCUCAAAUCAUUCAGGGGCUGAAGGAGAUGUUGCCUUCCGGGGAUAUGAACCCUUGGAUUCCCAGAGCCCAGAGGGAAAUCUGCAAGAUGCUCAGCCCCUGGUAUGAUAAAUUCUUGGAAGAAGAGGACUACUGGUUUCUCAUCUUUACAACUCAGACCCGGUUCAUCAAGAGCCAGUGGCACAAGAAAGAACCUACGGACAAAAAAGACAACCUGCUCAUUUAUAGGAGGAUUCAGGAAUCUCUGAAGUUAAGCCAGGCUUUGGCUAACAUGGAGGAAAUGGAGUCCAUCCAGUGGGAAAAGAUAGCUACCGAGGAUCUGAGGCAGGGUGGAUCUCUCCGGGUAGAACUGACCUCUCCAGUGUUCCUGCAGGACAUCAACAAAAUGACCUUUCAAGAGCUCUGCUUUAAGAACCCAAAGUUGGCUGUAGAGAAGUUGAGUGAUGACUACAAAAUAUACUGUGAGAAAGCACCGAAAAUAGAUGUCACUGCAGAAAUUAUUAAAGAGCGAAGGAAAAUUGGGUUCACCCCCAGAAAAAUAUCUUUCCUCAAAAAAACAGGUCUAAGGAAACCCUCAGCAAGACCUAGAAACUUGGCAGAAGUCCUCCUAAGUACCCAGCAUCUGCAGUUUUUCAGGGAGUUCCUCAAACAUCAGAAAGCCGAGACCCCUUUGCUGUUCCUGACAGCAGUCCAGAAGAUCAGCAUGGAGACCAAUGAAAAGAUAUACAAGUCUUCCUUGGAAAAUAUAAUCAAGACUUACUUCCAUGGCAAACAACCUCCUGAAGAAAUGCUGCAGUGCAAUGUCCCCCUUGUCAAAGAAGUGGCUCAGAUGCAGCACAUCAGCACCACCACGCUGCUGAUGCUCCAGAGCUGCGUCACGAAAUCUCUGGAAGAAAGAUGGUUUAAAGAAUAUCAAGACCUGUUCCCACCUCAUCCUUCAGAGGCAGAAAGUGAAGUACAGCCUUCACAGAAGAAACCUUCAAAGACGACAGUAAACCUGCAGGAAUUCCAGAAAAAAGGUUGGAUGAAAAUGGUCAGCUUUAUCAAGAGCUUUUGCAGCUACCGAAGAUUUAUAUCAAAUCCCAGGAAGUGCCAAGAAUUUGUAGAGUAUCUUCACCUGGAGAUGCACAACAAAGAGAAUUUCUCCACAUCACCCACUAUAUCAGGGCAUCAAACUGCACAGUACACAAGUAUUCGGGGUGCAGAACAGGAGAAAGAAGAAAUAACCCUUGUAAAACGUCGUAUACCUGGCCAGAGGGUUGUGGUCAUCAACUUUGCAGUUAAUGAUUUAUAUUUCCUUUCUGAAAUUGAGAAAUUUAAUGAUUUGGUGAGCUCAGCUCAAUUGCUGCAGGCCAACCGGACAUACAACGAGAACGAUGUGAUCCUAAUGCAGUUCAAACUUAACAUUAUCCUAAGGCUCUUCCUACAUGCUGAAGCUCCUCCAAAGCUGAGGGUGAACAUCACGGAAGUCCAGAAGGAUGCCAUCCUUGCUUCCAUUGCAGAGGGCCACCUAAACCGGAAAUUGUUCCACGGAGCUAUCAUGUCAGUCUUUCCCGUCAUCAUGUACUUCUGGAAAAGGUUUUGCUCCUGGAAGGCGAUUCAUGCUUAUUUAAAGUAUGUAGGGAAGAAGUGCAAAGAUAGAAAAAUUCAUUCUAAACCAAUAAACAAGAACCCCCCUGGGAGUUCAGGUGACCACAAUGUUUUAAGGUUUACCCUGCUCAGAGGUAUUGAGUGGUUGCCGUCCAAGCAGCGGGAGGUACCAGCAAGUCCAAUUCCAAAUUCUUCAUCUAGCAAACUCACCCAAUCAAGAGUUGCGUUGUCUACUGUGCAACUGUAUCCUGCCCAGGGGAAAAAAUUAUCCCACACCAAAAAGGAGAAGAAAUAA